AUGCCCCAGCUCGGAGGCGGCGGCGGCGCGGGGGGCAGCGGCGGCGGCGGCGGCGGCGGCUCGGGCUCGGGAGCGGCCGGAGGAGGCGACGACCUCGGGGCGAACGACGAGCUGAUCCCCUUCCAGGACGAAGGGGGCGAGGAGCAGGAGCCGAGCAGCGACAGCGCCUCGGCGCAGCGGGACCUGGAUGAGGUCAAGUCGUCCCUGGUGAACGAGUCGGAGAACCAGAGCAGCAGCUCGGACUCGGAGGCGGAGAGGCGCCCGCAGCCCGCCCGGGACGCUUUCCAGAAGCCGCGCGACUAUUUCGCCGAAGUGAGAAGGCCCCAGGACGGCGCGUUCUUUAAGGGGCCCCCCUACCCUGGGUACCCCUUCCUGAUGAUCCCGGACCUGAGCAGCCCGUACCUCCCCACCGGACCUCUGUCUCCCGGCGGGGCGCGCACGUACCUGCAGAUGAAAUGGCCCCUCCUCGAUGUUCCCUCCAGCGCCACAGUCAAGGACACCAGGUCGCCGUCCCCAGCACAUCUGUCAAAUAAAGUUCCCGUUGUUCAACACCCACAUCACAUGCACCCGCUGACACCCCUCAUCACCUACAGUAACGACCACUUCCCCCCUGGCUCCCCCACACACCUCUCCCCUGAGAUCGACCCGAAGACAGGAAUCCCCCGGCCCCCACACCCAUCGGAGCUGUCUCCCUACUACCCACUGUCUCCCGGGGCCGUCGGCCAGAUCCCGCACCCCCUCGGCUGGCUGGUUCCACAGCAGGGACAGCCCGUGUACUCGCUCCCUCCUGGUGGCUUCCGGCACCCCUACCCCGCCCUUGCCAUGAACGCCUCUAUGUCCAGCCUGGUUUCCAGUCGCUUCUCCCCACACAUGGUGGCGCCAGCCCAUCCUGGUCUGCCCACUUCAGGGAUCCCUCACCCCGCCAUUGUCUCCCCCAUUGUCAAGCAGGAGCCAGCACCCCCCAGCCUGAGCCCGGCCGUGAGCGCGAAGUCGCCCAUCACGGUGAAGAAGGAGGAGGAGAAGAAGCCGCACGUGAAGAAGCCGCUGAACGCCUUCAUGCUGUACAUGAAGGAGAUGAGGGCCAAGGUGGUGGCUGAAUGUACCCUGAAGGAGAGCGCCGCCAUCAACCAGAUCCUGGGCAGGAAGUGGCACAACCUGUCCCGAGAAGAACAAGCCAAGUACUAUGAACUGGCCCGUAAGGAGCGACAGCUCCACUCACAACUCUACCCGACCUGGUCAGCACGGGACAACUAUGGAAAGAAGAAGAAGAGGAAGAGAGAAAAACAGCUGUCACAGACACAAGCCCAGCAGCAAAGCCAGGAGGCAGAGAGUGCUCUGGCCUCGAAAAGCAAGAAGCCAUGUGUUCAGUAUGUGCCCCCGGAGAAGCCCUGUGACAGCCCUGCGUCCUCCCAUGGCAGCAUGCUGGACUCCCCAGCCACCCCUUCUGCUGCCUUGGCGUCCCCUGCGGCCCCUGCCGCCACCCACUCGGAGCAAGCACAGCCCUUGUCUCUGACCACCAAGCCCGAGAGCCGGGCCCAGCUGGCUCUGCACUCAGCAGCCUUCCUGCCCUCCAAGGCCGCGGCCACCUCCUCGGGCCCCCUGGGCAGCCAGGCUCCACUCCUCUCCCGGCCUCUGCCGCUGGCGGCCAUGCCCGCCGCUCUGCUGACCUCCCCACCGGCCUUCUCUGCCGCGCUCCAUGCCCACCAGGCUCUCCCAAUCCUCCAGGCCCAGCCUCUCUCCUUGGUCACCAAGUCAGCCCACUGAGCUGCCCCCGACCUAGGCAGGCCGGCAAGCGAGCACCAAGUAGGCACGAUACAGAAGAAGAGGGAAACAAAGGAAACUUUAUUGGUCAAUAUUUGACCACUCUGGACUGUUCUGUAAAGUGACUGGUAACAGCAGCACUUUACCAUUUGUAGAUGUAACCAGUAGCUGACCUUAAGGCUUUUUUUUACAAAAAAAAAAAGGA